AUGCCUCGAAAGCUAGUGACAGUCCGCCAUGUCUCGGCUAUAACAGCCAUCCCGCGGGCAGACCGUAUUGCGGCUGCCACUGUCGACGGUUGGACGUGCGUCGUUCCCACCAACAUCUUUAAAGCCGGGGAUCGCGCUGUAUUCUUCGAAAUAGACUCGCUUCUACCGGCCACGGACCCGCGAUUUGCUCCUCUGGCGCCGAAGAUCAUCGGGCCGGGCGGUCCCACUUCCGCACCGGAUAUCCGGGUCCAGACUAUUCAGAUUCGGGGCGUGUUGUCGCAGGGGCUUCUAUUGCCUUUGGCCGACUUUCCGGAAAUAGUUGCUAAACUGGAUGGAAUUCCAUCAGACAAGCUACGGGACAUCUCAUUUGAGGACAUUCUCAACGUGAGGAAAUUCGAGAAGCCUGCCAUACCACUUCACCAGACUUCGACGUCAGACGCACCUUUGCCUGAAUAUCCUGACUUUAUACCACGAACAAAUCAGGAGCGCGUGCAGAACCUCACAGAUGUAUUCAGUGAGCAUGGUACUGAGAUAUUUGAGGAGUCGACCAAGAUGGACGGCUCAUCCACGACAGUCUUUUACCUCAACGACGGUAACCCUCUCGCCAAGACAGUCCCUAGCGAGACGAGACAUAACGGCGUGGCAGUUUGCUCGCGGAAUCGUAUUCUGGUGGAGAAUCAUCCGCGAAUCCCGCCUCUCUUUUACGCCACCGCGCGGGCACUCAACCUCCACGAGAAACUGCCCAAGAUCGGGCGUAACAUAGCUCUACAGGGUGAACUUUGCGGGUCGAGCAUACAGAGUAAUUUUGAAGGAUUUCUCAAGGGAACACAUUGCUUUUUUCUCUUCGCAGUGUAUGAUAUUGAUGAGCAGCGAUACCUACCACCAAGGGAGGUGUAUAAGAGGUGGGCACCACUACUGGGCGUUGAGCACGUGCCUGUCCAUGGAUACCGGCCACUGAACGAGAUGGGUUCGCAGAUCACAGAUCUAGUUGAUCGAGCGGAAGGGAGGGGAAUAAAUGGGCGGAAGAGGGAGGGGAUUGUGUUCAAGCGCGAGGAUGGGCAGUUCAGCUUCAAGGCGAUAUCCAACUCUUACCUGCUCACACAUGGAGAGUAG